AUGCUCCGUAGCAGCACUGAGGAGGUAACGGCCGGAUACAGUUCAGACACCGGCGCUAGCAGUUUAUCCGGUGGCGAGCGCUGCUUCAGUGCAGCUCCGUGCAGGCGGCGGGAGGAUGGAGCUCCGUCCCCGUCCCCUCUGUCCAGCUCCGGUCCUGGGUCAACCUCCGCCGCUUUAGCUGGAGUCCAGACAACAGCAACAUUAACUAAAACUCCGGCGAGAGCAGGUAGCUACUAUGUGAACAGGGUGAACUCGUCCAGCUGUUCAUGGACUGGUGGUGGAGUCUACAGCUCGCUGUGCAGAAGCUCGAGCACUCCUUGCCUCAGGAGGACACCGGGCUCAGCUACACGCAUCCUGCUGGGACCAACUCCACAGAGGGAGCUCAACAUGACCUCUUCCUCGUCUGCAUCUGUGUGUCACACUGCAUCCGUAAUCGUGGCUGUGGUCGAGGGACGGGGUUUAGCCAGAGGAGAGAUCGGCAUGGCCAGCAUCAACACGAAGUCCCCUGAGUUGGUACUCUCACAGUUUGCAGAUACUGGGACUUAUGCCAAGGUCAUUACCAAACUGCACAUUUUGGUGCCUCUUGAGAUUCUGAUGCCAGAUACUGCUAGUGAGAAAGGGCAAGGAACCAAGCUCUACAACCUCAUCACGGAGAACUUUUCGUCUGUAGCUUUCACUGCGAUUCAGAGGAAGUACUUUAACGAGAGGAAAGGUCUGGAAUACAUUCAGCAGCUCUGUGCGCCCGAGUUCAACACUGUUCUUAUGGAUGUACAAACCAAGUACUAUUGUCUGGCGGCUGCAGCAGCUCUCCUUAAGUACUUGGAGUUCAUUCAGAACUCUGUCUAUGCUCCCAGAUCUCUGAAAGUGAGCUUCACUGGCAGUGAGCAGACUGCCAUGAUCGACGCAGUCUCAGCCAGGAACUUGGAGCUAGUAAUUAACAACAGAGACCACAGGAGUGAACACACUCUGCUUGAGGUCUUAAACUACACCAAAACACCUGGAGGUGAGAGGAGGCUUCGCUCCAACAUUCUGGAGCCCUUGUUGGAUGUUGACACCAUUAACACACGACUGGACACCAUACAGGAACUGCUGCAGGGUGAGGAACUGUUCUUUGGUCUCAAGAGUGCAAUUACACAGUUCUUGGAUAUCGAUCAGCUGCUUUCUGCUCUUGUGCAGCUCCCCAAGCAAGAGACGGUUGAAGUGGCUGAAGCAAAGAUAAUGCAGGUCAUUCAGCUGAAGCACACACUAGAAUUGAUUGAACCACUCAAGAUGGUGUUGAAGGACGCUAAGACAGCCUUACUGAAAGCUUAUUACACUUCCCUAGAAGAUAGCAGGUUUAACGGCAUUUUGGAUCAAAUCAAAACGGUGAUCAAUAGUGACACCAGCUAUAUGAAGGGCAGUCUGAAUAUGCGCACGCAAAAGUGCUAUGCUGUACGCCCUAACGUCAAUGAAUUACUAGACAUUGCACGUCGAGCCUACACUGAAGUAGUGGAUGAUAUAGCAGGAUUAGUAGAUCAGAUAGGAGAGAAGUAUGGCCUUCCACUGCGCACUAGUUUUAGCACUGCUCGAGGCUUCUUCAUCCAGAUGAGGCUGGAGGGUUUUGGCCUGUCUGAUGGACGGCUCCCAGGAGAGUUCAUCAAAGUAACUAGACAAAAAAACAACUACAGCUUCACUACGUUAGACCUGAUGAAGAUGAAUGAUCGCUGUGAUGAAGCCUUGAAGGAGAUAUUUCACAUGUCUUAUAUCGUGGUAUGCAGGUUACUUAAUGAAGUGUAUAAACACAUUCACUGCUUGUAUAAGCUGUCUGAUGCUGUGUCCAUGCUGGAUAUGCUGCUGUCCCUCGCCAAUGUUUGCACUAUUUCAGACUAUGUGCGCCCUGAAUUCACAGAUACGCUGGCAAUAAGACAAGGCCGCCAUCCAAUCCUGGAGCGCAUUGCUGGCCAGCAGCCCAUUCCCAACAACAGCCAUAUCUCUGAGGGAAACAACUUUGUUAUAAUCACAGGCCCAAACAUGAGUGGCAAGUCCACUUACCUCAAACAAGUGGCCCUCUGCCAAAUCAUGGCUCAGAUAGGAUCAUUUGUGCCUGCUGAAUUUGCCUCAUUCCGUGUUGCUGAUCAGAUAUUCACUCGGAUAGGAGUCGAUGAUGAUUUUGAAACCAAUUCAUCAACAUUUAUGGUUGAGAUGAAAGAGGUGUCCUACAUAAUACACAAUGCAAGUAAGAGGUCACUCAUUAUUAUUGAUGAGCUGGGACGUGGAACUAGUGCUGAAGAGGGCAUCGGAAUUUGUCACUCGGUUUGCGAGUUUCUCAUCAGUCUGAAGGCAUUCACUCUGUUUGCCACCCACUUCCUGGAGCUGUGUCAGUUGGAGAUUCUUUACCCCAAUGUAGAGAAUCAACACAUGCAGGUCCAGCACAUGCGUGGGACUGAAACCAGCACAGAAAGUGUGAUCUACACCUACCUGCUGACUCAGGGCUUCUCUGAGGAAAGCAACUACGGUGUAAGAGCAGCAGAGAACACGUCAUUUCCACGGUCCAUCCUCCAGGAGGCCAAAUCUAUAUCCGUCAAAGUUAGCCAAAAGUUAUGGGCUAAGCAUCAUAGUGACCCAGCCACCCUGCGACAAGGGGCAGUGUUUCGUCUCGCCACCAGAUUGCUACAGGCGGCCCGAAACUCCAGGUUGGAUCCACACAGCCUCUGUCUUUACUUAAAGGGCCUAAAGAGAAACUACGAAGCUGAGUUAAAGGACAGAUUAGAGUCCAUGGACACAGAGGAGUGAGGCCUGUUGCAUCUAGACUGACAGAAAUGGACUGGAAGAUCUGAACAAGUCCACACUGAAUAAAUCCAGUAUCACAGAUGGUGACUGAAUUAGUUGUGUUUAUGGAAGUGUAAUAAAUUUGCCCUGGUUUUGUUUUCUGGUCAUACAAAGACAAUUAAAGAUGCGC